AUGACGGACGAUGAUGAAGUAUCGACAUGGGAGACUCUCGUUUCCAUUCUCCAGGAGCUGGAAGAAACAAUAGAAAAGCAUAAAGUAGAAAUUAAUAACCUUUCUGCAGCAAAAUCUGAAUGUGAAGAAUCACGAAAGGAUGACUUCGGUGAAAGUGAUCUUGUUGAACAACAAAGAGGAGAUUUGCAUGCAGAGAACAGAAAUCUAGAGGUCCAAUACCAGCUGCUGCAGGAAUCACAUAGGAAAUUGGAAAGCUCUAUUCAGGUUCAGGAGAAAACUCUGGAAGAAAAGAACCAAGAAAUGGAGACCGACCAAGCUUCAAGGAUUCGAUCGCUUAUGGAUUGUGAAGCUGAAUGGAAAGGCAAAUUAGCUGAAAAAGAGCAAAAAAUCAUUAACUUGGAAAUGAAAUUGUCCGAAGCUCUUGAUGUCCAAGGUUUAAAAAAAAUGGGUUCUGAAAAAGAAGAUAAUUCCGAUCUAAUCAGAGAAAUUGAAGAUCUAAAACUGAAGGUGCAGGAACUCGAGAGAGAUUGCAACGAGCUUACUGAUGAAAAUCUUGAUCUACAUUUUAAGCUCAAAGAAUCAAGCAAAGAUCAUAGUGCCAUCUUGAAUUCUCUUUUACCUGAUCAUCCGGGAAAGAAUUCUCUUUCUAGACAUGAACCAGUACCUUAUGCCGAUCAUUUACAGAUACAGUCUGUACUAGGAAAUAGAUGUGCUGACCUAGAGCUGCAAUUGGAAGCUUUCAAGGACAAAGAUUCUUAUCUUGAUGAUGAACUCUCCAAAUAUCGUGCCAGAGCAGAAGAACAGGAGUCUGAAAUCGACAAACUGCAACAGCAAUUACAGCAUUACCAGCAGACAGAAAUUGAGAGUAAGGAGCAACCUACUACUCUGUCCUUUGAAGAACACAGUAUUUCUGAAUCACCUGAUGCCAUUGAAGUCUCUACAUUGCUUGCUGAGUUACAUGAAUAGAUUCAACUCUCUUUAGCUAACUUAAAGCGGCAGUAUGCUCUUAAUUCACAUGUAAAUCCUCAGGGAACUGUUUCUGAGAACUCUGAGAUUGUAAAAAGUAAAGAUUUGAUAAGUAAAAAACAGCAAGUUGAGAUUAUCUUGAACAAUUUUGUCCAGAUAAAACAGUUCUUCAGAGAAAGUUCUGUUGGUGAAUAUGGUAAAGAGGCAAGUGGUUUAGGAAAUGAAUUGUCAGACAAUAUAUCUGAGAUAGAGAAACUUAAAUCUGACAAUUUCCUAAAGGACGAGGAGCUUGAGGCUUUAAGACAUCAUCAGAAGGAGUUAGAAGCCCAGGUUUCUUUUGUUGAGAAGGAGAAAAGCCAGUUGGAGGAAAACAUAGAAACCAUGCUCAGAGAAGCUGCUGCUACUGAAAAAUGCUUGGAAGAUUUACAUAGUGAAAUGAUGGUCCUUAAUAGCAAUAUGGAUUCCCAGAUUUCAGCCAACCAGGUUCUUGUAAAGAAAUCUAUGGAGAUUGAAAGUGGGAAACAGGAACUCGAAGUUCAUUUGUCUGAACUAGAAGAAAAUCUACAGUUAUCAGAACGGAUCUCUGGUUUGGAAGCACAAUUAAGGUAUCUGACUGAGGAGAGAGAAUCUCAUCGUCUGGAACUACAAAAUUCAGAUUCUCAAGCAAUGGAAUUUAAGGAAGAGAUAAAAAGACUGGAAAAUGAAAAGGAGGCACAAAAGGCUGAUAUGAGACAGAAGAUGGAAGAGAUGCAAAAGCAGUGGUUAGAAGUUCAAGAAGAGUGUAAGUAUCUAAAAGUUGCUAAUCCCAAACUACAAGCUACUACUGAAAGUCUUAUCGAAGAAUGUAGUAUGCUUCAGAAAGCAAAUGGAGAAUUACGGAAGCAAAAGGCGGAGUUAAAUGAGCAUUGUUCAGUCUUGGAAGCAGAACUGAAGGAAUCUGAAAAAGUUUUUUCCAACAUGGCUAGUGAAGUUGAAGCUCUGGAAGAGAAGCAUUCCUCGAUGCUUGAAGAAAUAACCUCGAAAGAGAAAGCCCUUAACUUCGAGCUAGAAACACUUCUUCAAGAGAACAAGAGGCAGAAAGAAAAACUUGUUAUUGUAGAGAGCCAGUUAAAUCAAAAGUACAUGGAGAAGACAAUGGAAGCUGAAAACCUCCAAGAGGUGGCUCACCUCACCGAACAGAUAUCUGCUACCCAGGAUGCAAAGCAGAAAACAGCAUCAGAAGCUGUGCUUGAAGUUUCUCAUUUACGUGCAGAUAAAAUCAUGCUUGAAGCUUCUCUAGAAGAUCUUCAAGGGAAGCUUAAAGUAUCUGAGAGCAAACUCAAUGCCUUGCAGGUGGAAUCUGAAACCGAGACACAGGGACUUAAGGAAGAGUUAACUGCUGCGAAGCAAAAACAGGAAAUUUUGAUGGGUGGCCACAUAUGCGUCUUCCAUGGAAGUUGUUCUAAAUCUGGCGUUGGGGACAGUCUACUACACUACCUCCCCUUAUCUCAUUACAUAUAA